AUGUCAGACAUUUCUGUGCAAUUCAUGAUUUUAGGGUUGAUUGGGGCCUUUGGCCUUGUGAAACUAGCCUCCCUGGUCCAUGGUUGUCUCUUUUCCACACUCAAGUCUAUUCCUGGCCCGUUUCUUGCCCGUCUCACCGAUGUGUGGUACCUCUGGCGCCUCUGCAAAGGUCAUUUCGAAACAGACAAUCUGGCUUUGCACAGAGAACAUGGACCGGUUGUCCGAUACGGGCCCCGUCGUUACAGCAUCAACGACCCAGCGGCAGUGAAAGCCAUAUACGGGCUGGAAAAGGCUUUUCCCAAGUCACCAUGGUACGAUGCUUGGGUGGCUCCCGGCGAAGUGAGCCUUUUCGCUGACCGAGAUACCAAACGGCACGCUCACCAUCGAAAACUUUUCCAAAAUAACUAUUCCAUGUCGUCUCUUAUCUCGUACGAACCUUACGUCAAUGAAUGCGCAGACCUCUUCGUCCAACGUCUGUCUGAGAUUUCCCAAACGGGACUGCCUAUGGAUAUGGGCCAUUGGCUUCAGUGCUAUGCAUUUGAUGUUAUCGGACUAAUUACGUAUGGUAAACGCCUAGGCUUCCUCGACAGUGGAAAGGACAUUGGUGGGGUCAUGGAAGCCCUUGAAGCAUUUCUUUCCUAUGCCGCACCUGUAGGUAUUUACAGCAAACUUCAUCCUUUUCUUUUCUCCAUGAAGAACUACGUUGCUGGCUCGGGUGGUACAGGUCGAGCAUAUGUCAUUUCCUUUACGCGUAGCCGGGUCGCUGAGAGCAUGAAAACCCCUACGGCGGUGAUGGAGGGGAAGAAAACUACGUCUGCAGAACCUUUUCUUAUCAAGUUCCUGGAGAAGCAUGAGCAGAGCCCCGACAAAUUCACAUCCACCAACGUCACCAUGGGAUGCGUUGCCAAUAUGGUUGCUGGCUCUGACACAACUGGCAUUACGCUGUCUGCCAUCCUGUAUUAUCUGCUGAAAAGUCCUCUAUGCCUCGCCGCACUGCAGCAAGAGAUCGAUCUCUACUACAUCGAGGGCAAACUGUCGGAGAAACCGACGUUCCAAGAGACUCAGCAGAUGCCAUACUUGCAAGCGGUCAUCAAGGAGACAUUAAGGCUCCAUCCUGCCACAGGCCUGCCCCUGGAGCGCGUUGUGCCCAAAGGAGGGGCCACUAUCAGUGGACAUUUCUUCCCUGAAGGCUUAAUUGUUGGAAUCAACACCUGGGUUCAACAUCGCAAUCAGUCUAUCUACGGCCUUGAUGCAGAUAUCUACAGGCCAGAACGAUGGCUUAUCACCGAUGAGGAACAGCUUUCCAUUAUGAACCGUCACUGGAUACCAUUUGGUCUUGGGUCUCGAACAUGCUUGGGCAGACACAUCUCGAUGUUGGAAGUCUCCAAGCUGAUUCCCAGGAUUAUCCGGGAAUUCAACUAUGAGCUCGAUGGAGAUUUGGCACAAAAGGGAACUGAGUGGUCUACGUUUAACUAUUGGUUUGUAAAGCCAAAGGGCUUUAUGGUUAGGAUUUCUUCUAGGUAUAAGUCAUAA